GUAAGGUUUCCCAUUAGAGUAUUUGAAGCCGCAAGUCAGUGUUGCCAUUAUGUUCAUCAUGUUUUAAAGUAGACAAAACUAAUGUUGUUACCUUGUUACUAGCUGCCUAGCCUCUACUCGAAGACUGGGGACACUGGAUACCUAAGAGUGUAUGGGAAAAUAACACAAGAAUGAAUCAUUUACUUUUUGUAUUGAACUUCCUGAUUAUUCUCGCAGGCCUUGCCUGGGGCUCUGAUGAUGAGACCCGUCUGGUGAAAACCCUGUUCACUGGCUACAACAAGGUGGUGCGUCCUGUUGCUCACUUUAAGGAUCCUGUGGUUGUGACAGUAGGCCUGCAGCUCAUUCAGCUCAUCAGUGUGGAUGAGGUCAACCAGAUUGUCAAUAGCAAUGUUCGACUGAAACAGCAAUGGAAGGAUGUAAACUUGCAAUGGAAUCCUGACGAUUACGGUGGAAUCAAAAAGAUCAGGGUACCUUCUACUGACAUUUGGCGCCCUGACUUUGUUCUUUAUAACAAUGCUGACGGAGACUUUGCCAUCAUUCACGAUACCAAAGUGCUGCUGGAGCACACAGGAAUGAUCACCUGGAACCCCCCCGCCAUCUUCAAGAGCUACUGUGAGAUCAUCGUGCUGCACUUCCCCUUCGACCUGCAGAACUGCAGCAUGAAGAUCGGCACGUGGACCUACGAUGGCAACCUGGUGGUCGUCAAUCCCGACAGCGACCGUCCUGACCUGAGUAACUUCAUGGAGAGCGGAGAGUGGGUGAUGAAGGACUACCGCAGUUGGAAACACUGGGUGUACUAUGCCUGCUGCCCAGACACGCCCUACCUGGACAUCACCUACCACUUCCUGUUGCUGCGACUGCCCCUCUACUUCAUUGUCAACGUCAUCAUCCCCUGCAUGCUUUUCUCCUUCCUGACCGGCCUCGUCUUCUAUCUGCCCACUGACUCUGGUGAGAAGAUGACUCUAAGUAUCUCCGUCCUGCUGUCUCUGACUGUGUUCCUGCUGGUCAUCGUGGAGCUCAUCCCAUCCACCUCCAGUGCUGUGCCACUCAUCGGAAAAUACAUGCUGUUUACCAUGGUCUUUGUCAUUGCGUCCAUCAUCAUCACAGUCAUCGUCAUUAACACCCACCACCGCUCCCCUAGCACCCACACCAUGGCCCCCUGGGUCCGGAAGAUUUUCAUUGACACAAUUCCGAACCUCAUGUUCUUCUCAACAAUGAAGCGGCCCGCCAAGGAGAAACAAGAUAAAAUCCUCUACGGUGCUGACUUUGACAUCUCAGACAUCUCGGGCAAGCCCACGGCCACGGCCGUAACGUACCAGUCCCCCAUCACCAAGAACCCAGAUGUACGUAGUGCUAUCGAGGGGGUCAAGUACAUCGCUGACACCAUGAAAUCCGAUGAGGAGUCCAACAGUGCGGCUGAAGAGUGGAAGUUUGUGGCGAUGGUGCUGGAUCACAUCCUGCUGUGUGUCUUCAUGGCCGUGUGUGUCAUCGGCACCCUGGGUGUGUUCGCAGGCCGUCUCAUUGAGCUGAGUAUGACACCUUAGAAGGCUGCGGCAGGACGUGUAUGGAGGACAGAAGUUUGGUGAACUUAGGACCUGACAAGCUGACCAGCGACAACACUGAGCUCUGAGUGCCUCUAGGCCCCUGGGCUGUUAAAGUUGAAGCUCGCUGCAAGAAGGCUGCUUUUGUUUUUUGUUGAUUGGAUGUUAAUUACUCAUUAUUUUGGGGGUGUUUUGGGGUAAGCUAAGAUUGCUGGGUGCAUGCAUGUUUAUACAUAUUUUUACUAAUGUCUGUUAUUGUUCUACAUUGACCACUCUAAUCAAGUUUCUGCGAACAAGUUAUUUGUAUUUUGUUAUGUAUUUUCAUUCACCUUAGUAAACAGUAUUUAAAUAAACGACUUUUUUGUCUACCAUGA